AUGGCUGCAGUAGCCGCAGGUUCCUGCAGCCGCCGGGGUCACCUCGCUCCUACCCGGAAGCACUGCCCCUUCGCCGGCCACGGCUUCCGGGUUGUGCAGGCCGCAGCCGGGAUCAGGGAGAUGAACGACUCCGGAGGACUUCCGUUUUCUCUGGCUCCACCUGGCGGUCAGGCGGAGACAGCACAGGCGCAGCGCGUCCUUUCUAGGGAUCAGGAUGGCCUUGGCCGUGUGGCCAUUACCAGCUCCCAGCGAGACCAUCCGGACUUCGCCGCCCUGAUCUUGCCCCAGAUCCGCUCACCUCAAGGGGCGCCCUUGGCUCUCGUGUUAGCCGUGGCUGUGCACAUGUAUACCAACUCUGGAUGCCAGGACCUGCCAGGGACCAGAGAGGAGGAGGAGGAUGGUGAUGAUUAUGAGAACAUGGCACCCCCCUACAAGGAUCUCCCUCCCAAGCCAGACUCGAUGGCCCCACCUAGGCCUCCGAGGGCAGGAAAGAAAACAGAGAACCCCCCACUGCCUUGCAAGUCCCCAAAGAUCAAAGGCCCGGACCUCACCCCUGUCAUCUGCACAUCUCCUCCACUGGGUGUCAAUCCCGAAUGCCCUCCGUUCCAGCCGUCCCUGGCUGGUAAGUCCACAUGCCCCCCAGCCACCCCGGGGUCCCAGCUCAGUCAGAAGUCCAGAUGUCCUGGGUGCUACCAGGAGGAGAGACUGGUGGUGUUCCUGUGCCUGCUGGUGGUGGUGUCACUGCUCCUGGGCUGCACUGGUCUGGCUGUGACCCUUAUCAAGUACCAGGAGGUGGUGGGAGAGCUGAGAAUGUUGACCUUUCAGCAGACGGCAUGGCAAGCAAGUGGGCAGUUCCCCAAGUCCCACUCACCUAAUAAGCCCCGAAGUUCUACCAGGGACUGCUUUUGGGACCCAGAGGAGCCCAACAACAUCAACGAUGAGGACUGUGCCAGCAUGAACAAAGGUGGCACCUGGAAUGACCUGUCUUGUGACAAAACGACCUACUGGAUUUGUGAGCGGAAAUGUUCCUGUUGAACCCCACGGCUGAGGGUGGGGGGGGGUCCCUACUCGAGUGCCCCUCGGCUCUUGGGGAUGAGAACCUCCCGCCCUUCCACGGAAGACUCUGCCAGUCUGUGAACCAACACGGAUGGACCUACGACGGAACCAGCAGCUUGGA